UCAAGUACACAUGCACUCAAGCAUCAAUUAUCGCAAGAAACAGUCUCUGUUUACUGAAUUAACAACGAAAAAUCAACACAAGCACAAUCUUUGAACCUCAAACAUCGACAAAAUCUCGAAUUUGAUUGAAAAAAAUCGUGCUGUCGUGUCAUUUCUACCUCACACACCUCAGUGCAAAUCCACCAAGAGACAUUCAGUAUCUCAAUGUUUGGCUUCUUCAGAUAACAUCACUGACCUCAAAUUAUGGUAAAUAGUUCGAAAUUCUUUGUUAAGCGUUGUUAAAACUGAAAAUGGACGCGAUACAAGUCACCAACGACGAAGUUGUCAAAGUGAGGAAAUAUUUUAAGGUGAAAGAAGAUGAUAUUAAAAGGGAUGUUAAAAUAAUAAUCGAGUGGAUACGACAACAACAACAUUUACCCGAUAUUGACGAUGAAAAUUUCAUCGAACGGUGUUUGUUGCGAAAUAAGUUUCGAGUCGAGCAAACUAAGCAAAAACUAGAUGGGUAUUGUACGCUUAGAGGGGUGCACCUUAAUAUGUUCGAGGAUUGGAAGUCCAUAAUACCCUCAAGAGAGUUAACCACAACCUUGCCCCUCCCCAAACUAACCCCGAACCUCGAGCGCGUCAUAGUGUGGAAACUGCGUUCGUCCGACCCCAACGACUACGACAUUAUCAGCAUCGUCAAAUACAACCUUCUCUUAUUCGAAGUCUUGAUUCGCAACGACUACGCCGUCGGUGACCGCUUCGUCGCCGACUUCACCGGCCACACCGCCGCCACCAUAGCCCGCAACAACCCUUUGAUUAUUUCAAAAUUUUUAUCUCUCUAUCAGGGCGCCUAUUCAGGCCGAUUCGUCGGCUGCGAUUUCAUCAACGCUCCUCCUUUUAUCAACCUUUUACUCUCAAUACUGAAAAAAUUACUUCCGUCUAAGUUGUAUGGAAGGAUCCGCAUUCACAAGGAUUUGAAAUCAUUCCAUAAAGUGGUGCCGAAAGAAUGUCUGCCGAGAGAUUACGGAGGUGAUCUUGACACUGUAGAGAACUUAAUCGCGAAAUGGGACAAAGUGUUUGAACACAACCAACCAAUUUUUGAGAAAAAUCUAAAUAUGCUUUCAAACGAAAAUCUCAGACUCGGAACCAACAAAGACAAUUCUGAUAUGUUUGGGGUCGCCGGAACAUUCAAAAAACUCAAUCUUGACUGACGAAUUACAUUCUAUUUCUUGUUUUAAGUAAAUCAAUUAAAGCAAAACACAAGCUGAAA